CGGCACGUUGGUUGGUAAUGGUUGCUAUCCGUUGUCGUUUUGUAUUUGUAUCGUCCCGUCGUCUUUGUCGUCCUCGCACUCGUCAUCAUCAUCAGUGUUGUCGUUGUGGUUGUUGUUAGACACGUUGACGUUAAAGGCGCCAGCCGCUUUUGCCAUUUGUUGAACGGUUUGUAAUACACGUGGUGAUCGUGAGCGAUAGAGUAUAACAAGCAGUGAAUUGUUGUGUGCAAUCAAAUCUCGACUAGCAAAGUCGUUAGAGAAAGUGUACUGGAUAAAGGCAAGUCCUUUUAUGUAUUUUGUGGUGGAAAGUGUGUGUGUGUGUUUUUUUCCUAAGCCGAAACAGUGCUUAUCAAGUGGAAAGCCAAAGCAACAGAUUUUCCUCUUCGGUAAAAUCGACAUUGACCCACUUUUGCGAGCAAAUGCAGCAGUAUGUAAAAUUUGUUGAACCGCUGACAGUUGACAACGAGCCACAACACCGUCAUCGUUGCGGAAAAGCAAAAGCUUGAAGUUGCGAGACACAAACGUUGAAAUAGGCAGUGAAAAGGCUGCUGAGUUGCGGACGCGUGUAAAGAAACGGAGCACGGGCAGCGAAACCGUGGAGAGUAUAGACGAAUCCUACAGACUACGGCUCUGUGUAGCUGCUGUGUGCAAUCGUUGUCCCAGUACCGACAGGAGGAGGAAGCUGCAUCGAAAUAUGCGACUGGCGGCUGUGUGAUAGGUUCUUUCGUUUUCGGCUUGCGGUUGAAAUAUAUGCGAGUGGCCAGUCGUGAGUGAGCAGUGGGUGACGGGUGUGGCAGUGGGAGAUAUUGUUGAAUAUCCGUCGCGGUGUGAAACGUGCAGUACCGGCAGGCGUUAGCUUUGAUUUGAGUGAAGAAUGCGGGCGUAAGAGUGUUCACGAAAGAAAAGCCAUCUCCUUUCGCCGUACGGAGCAGUUUCCGAGGAGCAGGUUGUCUUGCAAGGUGUUUAAAGUGUCGCCUAAUCUGUGAGGCAGAACCCAGCAUUGUUUUCGAUUGUUUUCUGAGCUUUUGUGUUCGUGUCAGUAGUGGUGGGUUGCUUUGGUUACCUUGACUACCCCAUCGCUGGCCAACGCACCUGUAAGCGUGCAGUGAAGAUGCAGCAUCAUCCAGGUUCGUGGUACAUUCCGUGGGGCGUCCCAGGAAUGGGGUUGCAGAAGAUGCUGGCCGUGCCGUUCAAUCCGGCGACGGCCGGUUUCCAUCAACCACAGAUAGCGGCCGCCGCCGUGCAGCCACCAACCGUACAGCAGGUGCAAAGCCCACAGGUACAGCAGGCUGCCGCCACCCAGCAGGCCGCAUAUCAGCAUCCGCUGCAUCAUCCGGCCGCUGCACUGCAUAACACGGCCGCCGUAGCCGCCGCAAUGCAUCAGCAUCAGCAUCAGCACCAGCACCAGCACCAGCACCAACAUCAGCAUCAACAUCCGCAUCAGCAUCAGCCGCUGCAUCCGGCGGCUGCAGCGGCCAUGUUCACACCGCUGACGCUGCGGAGCUUCGUCACACAUCCGCAUCUGAAUCUGGGCCAGCAGCCGAUAGCGACCGCCCAGCAGCCUCAGCAGCCGCAGCUCACAGCGAGCCAAACCCAGUCGCAGCUAACCGCCAUCAAUCUGAACAGCGUCGGUGUCGUUCCAGUGCGCCAGAAGACGACCCCGGUCAGCGUCCCGUCGAACACACUCAUCAUGCCGAUGAGAAAGAUUAUCAUGACGGAAAAGGAAAAAACGAAACUGGUCUCAACCGAGAAGCGAAAAGCGGACGAAAGCGAACCGGUCAAGGAUUUGAAAAAGGCUAAGCUGGAAACAAAAGCGCUGAAGGCAAAACGGCCCGGGUUCACCGAUGAACGGUACCAUGAAACAUCUUACUAUAUUGAAAAUGGCCUGCGAAAAGUUUAUCCAUACUAUUUUACUUUCACAACGUUUACUAAAGGCCGCUGGGUCGGGGAAAAAAUUCUCGACGUGUUUGCCCGAGAAUUUCGAGCGCACCCGGCGGAGGAGUACGAACGGUGCAUUAAGGCAGGUACUCUGACCGUGAACUACGAAAAAGUGCCAACUGACUAUAGGUUAAAACAUAACGAUCUCCUAGCGAACAUCGUACACAGACACGAGACACCCGUGCUAGAUCAUUCAAUAAAAAUAAUCUAUGUCGAUAAUGAUCUCGUAGUGCUGGACAAACCUUGUUCGCUGCCGGUACAUCCCUGUGGACGUUACCGUCACAAUACGGUCGUGUUCAUCCUGGCGAAGGAGUAUAAUUUGAAAAAUCUCCGCACCAUCCAUCGGCUGGAUCGGCUCACAUCCGGAUUGCUGUUGUUUGGGCGCAGUCCCAAGAAGGCCCGCCAAAUGGAACACCAGAUCCGGAACCGGCAGGUGCAGAAGGAGUAUAUCUGCCGGGUGGAAGGCGAAUUUCCUGACGGCAUCAUCGAGUGCAAGGAGCCCAUCGAGGUAGUCAGCUACAAGAUCGGUGUGUGCAAGGUUUCUCCCAAGGGUAAGGAAUGUACGACCACAUUCCAGAAGCUCGGUUUCAACGGCAGUAGCAGUGUCGUCCUGUGCAAACCCCUCACCGGUCGGAUGCACCAGAUUAGGGUGCAUCUGCAAUAUCUUGGAUAUCCGGUAGUGAACGAUCCUCUGUACAACCACGAUGUGUUCGGUCCAGCCAAGGGCCGUGGGGGCGAUAUCGGUGGCAAAAGUGACGAGCAGCUGGUGAAGGAUCUGAUCAAUAUUCACAAUGCAGAAAAUUGGCUUGGCAUCGACGGUGACUCCGAACUGUCAAUGUUUAAACCGAUGAAAAACGAUCUGGACGAUGUGAAAGGACAAAUUCUAUCGGACGAUGACUCGGAGAGUGUUUCCCGUGAGGCAUCGCCCUGUUCGGAAAGUCCACGGCCCGUAUCGCUUGGCAGCGAAAGCCCUCAUGAGAAUAUGUGCGCUUCGAUGCUAGUCCCUAACACGCUGAGCGCGGUUAGUAGCGCCGGUAUUAGCAACAGCAACAGUGCCGUCAGCGCAGUGGGAACUAACACCAUUUUAUGCAGUCGGAUGCAGUCCCAGAAGCGGAAACCGAAAUCAGCUUGGGAAUGCACUAAACGUGCCACAAGUCCGUCCCCAACUGCGGCAAUCGCACCCACCGGUCAGGUUGAUGAGGCAGAAACGGUUGCAUUUGAAGAGUGCAACAAAUUGGCAACACCAGUAGCGACCAGUGUUGCCACCGUUACCACUGCUGUUGCUGGUACUACUGCUGACGUUGCCGCUGCUGCUGCUGCUGCUGCUGGUACUGCUGUGGUCGUUGAUGCUAAUGGUGCAAAUGUCACCGUCGCCACCCAAACAGGACACGAAUCGCCCGACUUAGCCUUUAAUCCGGAUAAAAUGACAACCGACAAACACUGCUACGAAUGCAAAGUGCGGUACCGCGAUCCGAAGCCACAGGAUUUGGUCAUGUAUUUGCACGCUUGGAAGUACAAGGGUCCUGGAUGGGAGUACGAAACGGAACUGCCCGAAUGGGCCAGAGUCGACUGGCAGGAUAAUGAAUUUGAGUAAAAACAGAACAAAAAAAACCCAGAUUCAGACACCAAUAGCUUUAGUUUCUCCAUUGCAAAGCAGCUCAUACAAUGCGACGUACGAGAGAAGCACGGCUAGAGGUUCAAGAGAAACCUGUGACCAAAACACACAUGUGAUUUAACAUUGUGUUCUACGUAAAGUAAGUCAUUCGACUUAUAACCAUAAAUCACACACAAACACACACACACACAAAAGACAUAAAACCGAAUGGAUCAAAAUGCACCCUGUAGCGUAGCGUGUGGAAGACUUAACGUAAGCUUCAAAUAGUAGGGAUAUUUUUGUUUAUAAUAAGAAUGGAACCAAUUGCAAGUGAGAGCAACAAAAAAAGAAACAAGCACAAAUACACGCGCAGACAGGUUAUGUCUUACCAAAAAAACCAUAAAUCAAAACUAGAGGGACGGCAUGUGUGGAUCCAUAUUUACAUACGAUACUACCAAACGUUCAAUGAAGCUGCAACGUUCGAGACUGUCGCGUACGGUGAUACACACGACGUUUGGUUAAAGGCGUUAAAGGCAUCUGUAAUGAAAUACUAUCUACCCAAUGGCGCGGUAUGUAAUUUAACACUUGUUAGCAUAUCAUACCUCAACCCUCAUUGUAACCCAUUUUCAAUUGCUUUACAUAAAAGUAGAAUUUUUGCAAAAAUACAAUUCAAAAUUUAAAUGCAAGCAUGCAAGAUCAGGCAACCACAGUCCUGAACUGCAGGGUGGCCUGUUUGUCUUCAAUGUUAUAAUUCUCUAAAGGGAAUAUUACAUUUAUGCGAUGCACAAUUGAAGUUGGGUUACAAUUUGGUUUAGGAACGAUGUGCUAUAACUUUUUUACAAUGUGAAUCAUUUACGUGCGAGCAAAUGUAAGCUUGCAGGGUGAAAUGGCUCGAUAAUGACAAAGCAUAAGAAGCAUGGUUGAACUACAACGCACAGAAAGCAUAGUUUGUAACGAUUCUUCCGCCGCUGUGGAUUAUAACACUGCAGUUAACGUUAUAUUUUAUUAAAAUAUUGUAGCAAACGAAGACACGCAUAGAGACCGAUCUAUUCCUGUACCGUAAGCGGAACACGAGCCGAUCGUCCCGCGAGAAUGUGGCGCAGAAUGUUAGAAAGUGUCGCAUUGCUAAGCUAAGGCGACGUUGCAUGAGUGUUUUACUACUAUUACUUGUGCAAUUUUUAUGAAAACUCUAUACUGUUGUUCGAAUACGCAAACUGUUUCUUCUAUUCACAUCGCAACGAAUUGAGCAGAUGUCACACGUGUUUCGUUUUUUAGCGGUUAUUUUGCAAUGCCGUUUUAUUUGUUUCGUUUAACGAUGUCUUGUAAUUUUUAAUCUUUUUUUAUUCGAAAUUUUUAUAUGCAUUUAUAAUAUCUAUGAAAUUUUAUUCUAUUAUGCAAUUUUCGUUUAACGGUAUCUGAAUCGCUCUCAUAAUUUGCCGUGUAAUAGAAUUCGUGCGAGUAAUUCAAUGCAACUAACUAGCAGUUUGCCAACUAGACAAUACAGAUGACAUCAAGUGCGAGCAGUUAAUGUGUAAACUCGCAAACAUACAUACAAACAAGAUAAUACCAUGCAUAUUACUCCCCCUUCGAUACCAAAUAGUUUAUGUUGCAGUCGUUUGCGAUUUGUUACGUUUCGGCAAAGAACGAUACGGCGCAAUGCGCUAUUAUAGGUCCAUAUUUAGUAAGCGAACGAAGACGAAAAAAUACGAAAUGUUUUGGUGUUGUACGCGGGCAAAGGUACUACCAAAACCAGGAGAGACCACACAGGUGGGCAUUUUAGUUCUAGGAACCGAAAAACAUACAGUAAAGUAAAACUUGGCAUAUAAAACAAAAGACGAACGGCAAUAUAAAUUGCUAUUAACACAUUCGCUAUCCGUAGCGUAUCUUUUAGUCAGUAAAAUUAAUUUUAUGUUGUGUGUUUUUCGCCUUCUCGCUAUCGUAAGCAAAGUAUACUACACACACAUACACACGGACGAAACUUUAAUAUCGUAAACUAACUCCGGAGUAAUUCUGCAAAUAAAUGGCGCUGAACACACUAGGAUUUCGUUCGGCAAAUUUCUAUCUAGCGACACUCAACGGAGAAACUGUAUCAACAUUUCGCUUGUUCAUGAUUUAAGUAUCCUAAGUAUUCUGAAAAUAAGGAAACAAAUAUUGCAAAACUACUGUAAAGAAAAUCAAUUAAUAACUUCUUUUCUCACACACAAUUUUUACCAGUAUGAAACCCAAAGUGCUUCUUAUUUACAAUACAAAUGGAUAAAUUUAAAAUCUAUAUUUGUGUUUAUCUAGUUUUGGUCCAGUCUAUAGUUCAUUAGCUUAUAACAUUUUCACUAAAUCAGAAACCAACUUUACAACAGCAGAAUGGCAGUCCCGGAGUCCUUGAGUUGCACGUUAUUUAAAACGGAGCGUUCAGAAGUUCGCCGAACGGAAACCGUGCUCAGCGCCAAUGUCGUCGGCGCUCAAUACAAAAAAAAUAACAACUUUACACUAGUGUUUUUGUUAGGAACGGUAGUUGAUGUUACUAUAAUUUGAUUGCUUUCAUUUGAUGAAAAUGGUAGAACGGAGGGGAAAACAACUGCAACUAUACCGCACGCAGCAACCCCGGCAGCAAAAGUCUUCAUCGUCAUUCAAUCAACGACCACAAACUCCCAGGUAUGCUUGAUUUUGGCGUUUCCGCAUUUGGCCAAACCGUUUCGGGUUUCGAUUGAUCCAGCAUGCCCAACAACAGGCCGCUGCCUGUGUGCCGUAAGGAGUGCACUAUGCUUUGUUUUUUUGUUUCCGGACCCACCGUAAGUAAUUGGUGGUCGGAACGGAACCACCGGAAUUUUCCAAAAACUCAAAACGUAAAUAAAACACUAAACACAAGCGCACACCUACUGCUGUGUUGGGGUUUUUUUGGGUAGCUUUUGCUGCAUAGGGGACAAUUUUGGGGUGCUCCUGAUUGGAACGAAUUCGACUCAAAUCAAUUUGAGGAGAAGGUGGUUUGGGGGGGAAUGGGUAUGAAAAAUACUUUUCCACGAAGGAAGGUAAGCCCCACCUGUACGAUCAGGAAGUUGUCCCUGGUAAUUCGAGAGUUAGCAAAAGUUUCCCGUAAAAAGAUGCUUUGUGGAAAAUUAACUUUUCCACCUUGCGAACCGGUGUCUCUGCGGCCAACAGCAUAGAGGAAAAUGGGAAGAAGAGAUACACACGAAAAUCUUCUGCAGCUUGCCGGAGAAAGCUUAAGAACAGACAGAACGGCUCACAUAUGAAAUGGGGAGGCAAUUUUUGUUCCUUUUAUCGCUUUCUUUGUGUCUUGUUUGAUGAGCAGGUUUGUUACUUCGGCGAAACAGACACACGAUGCUUUUGAAUCGUUUCGGGGGGCGAGGCACGAAACACACUCGGAAUGUGAUUUUGUAGCUAGAAGAAUAAAGAAAAAUAAACUUGGCGAGAGCAACAGCAAGAAAAAGUCGAAAGUUUAAAAUCAAAUGUAGCAUAAAUACAUAAGAAAGUGUAGUAGCAGCAGGUUUCAAGAUAAUGUUCUUCUACUGAGCAAUCAAGCUGAGACUCAUAAAAAGACAUAAAAAACGGUGUGUUAAGCGCUGUGUGAGUAUGAAUCGGGGCAGAGUGCGAUUAAUUCACAAAAACCUACCCCAGCUGUAGAACCUCCAGGAACAAACAGGAAGCAAUCUAACAGAGCAUCGAAAAGAGAAAUGGCUGAAUCCAAAAGAACGAACUCGCAAACUCCCCCCCUUGUUUUUGGCUUUGAGCAUAUUUUUCCACGCGCAGCAAAAAGCGCAGCAGGAAGUAGGAAAACUAUCCAUCAUCGCUGGGGUCGGUCGGCAGCAGGAACGCAAGUCUCGAUCGGAAGUCUUCGUUUCGCAAAUGCAUGCAAAGGAAAUGAAAAUUCCUACCCGCAGUUCAUUUUUACGCUUGCCUCACGGCCGUUUGAUUGUCUACGAGGAGCGGUGUGCCAAAAGUUUCUGACGGGCUGUGCGAAUCAUCCGCGUCUGUGCUGAAUUAACUUACGAAAUCCUAAACUUAUUUGAAAAUCAUGAUUUCAAACCGGAAACGAUCGACGGUAAUGAUAUUUGCUCGUGCACGCACACACAGCCGUACGAUGGUGUUGGGAGUGAAAAAGCGCGAGAGAGAAUUGUAUAAGUUAACGGAAAGAAUUUUUUAAACAAAUUUGAUGUGCAUUUUUUGAUCAUCAAGAAAAAAAAUGAUGAAGGAAAGGAGACCCAAACCAGCUACUGCAGAAUACAUUUAACCGAGUUAACUGUUUCGUUCGUGGAUGAGUUUUUCGCUCUUCUGCCGUUCGAUUUUCGACCGGGUUAAGACGAUAAUGGGCAAAAAGGAGUAGAAGGCGGACGAGGUGAAUCAUGUAAACGACAAAAGACACAUUUUCUAAUCAUACCAAUUUAUAUUUCCUUCUCGUGUAUUACUGUUAGUGUUUUUUUGUUUUGUGUAAUUUUUCUUCUAAAGAAAUUUAAGCAAUUUUCUUAGCGAUAGUUUAGCGACACGUUCUUCGUUUUGCAUUAAUGUGUUAAUGUUUAGCUGUUCAAUACCUCUUCUUGUUCGAUGUUUUGUGUUUUUUCUUCUUCUUCUUUGUGUUGUGAAUCGAAGCCGAGUGGCGUCCAUACUAAGGGCGACUCCAAUCGGGGGAAAAAAACAUUAGAGACAGUUUUACGUUAUGUUAGUAGGAUAUCGGUUACAUUUUAUUUAAAGGACAAGUGGCAUUCAUCACCACGCAAAAGGCAUUCAAGACAAGUUCAAACCAGUAGAAGAUACCAGAUACGGAGCAAAUACCCAUUUAGUUUAUUUAUAAAGCAAAGUUUUGUUUACUUCAUUUGCAAAUCAUUUUAUCGCAAAACAUCGUUUAAAAUAUGCGAAAAAUAUAUUAUAAUUUGCUCCCUUCAUUUUACACCACCACUACACGUGUGAGUUCCCUCAAGCAGACAAGUAAUGCGUUGUACGUUGUAUAAUUUAAAGCUAAGUUCCUGUACGAUUAUUCUUAUUUACUCUUUCGUUUUGUUUCAUAAUUAUUUUUAAUGUUUUACUUUUCCUACCCUAAACACCCGCUUUUCAAUUUAUCAUUAUACUUUACUUAUUUUAUUUUCCGUGCCACCGUGUCUAGUUUUAAUAUCAUUUUUUUCGUAAUGUACUUUUAAUUUAAAACUGCAAUUCGUGUUUAAAAAUUUUGUAAUUUUGUUGCUUAUCGAUAUCGAAUGAAUAAAAAUGUGAGAGAAAAAAAAACCAAACACAUAUGACCACCCGACACACACACACCGGCCAUACUACACCACAGUGAAAAAUGAUGACUGCGUGGAGCGAGUGUAAUGUAAAAGACAAACAGCCCCAGCGUUCAAUAUCAAUCCUCCGCCCCAAUUAAUGCUCGGUCACUCGGUACAUCUGUAGAACGGGCCUUUUGAAGCCUAAAAAAACAUAGCAAUCUUUCCCCCCGAUGAAAAAAAAUCAUGAACCCAUAAAACUUAACCACCGCAUACGCACACACACACACAAACACACCGUUGGCCGCUCGGUUGGGUCUCUGUGAUUGGUGGUAAUCAAAGGAUUUGGUGUAGUACGAGCGGGAAAUAGCCAAAAUGGAUAAAGAAUUGGGCUUGUGGAAUUUUCAAUUAACAAUCCAGAACAACGCUGCCUGCUGCCGCCCGUUUUCCGAUGGGCAGCCCUUACAUCGAAAUGUUUAUCCUGCGUUGAAGAUUCCGCCUUUCCAGUGCGAUCUUGCACCGACGGAUGGCGUGUUUCGAAAGCUUUUUUUUGAAAAAAAGAAGGAAAAGCGUCAUCCCAAAAUUGAUGGUAAAGUUGCGAUGAUGGCGGUGAUUGGAUUGGUAUAAUUUGUGUUGCCAUUUUCCGUAGUUCCUUUCCCUUGUUUUUUGCCUGUGUUUCGAUUCUUUCGUUCCUUCUUGCUUUGCUUUUACGUUGGUUUGCUAAUAGACAACAGACACAAAACGCAACAAUCAAUCGAUCGAAAACGACCGUCGGGCCCGACCGAGUGUUGGGAUCAUCGUACUUUCCCGCAUGUUUUCUUUUCGGUGGGUUUCGCAUCACCCCCAUUUCCCCCCUCUUAGCUUAGUGUGGCAUUCCUUUCUGGAUAGCAUCACUACACCCCAAGCUCCACGCUCCUUCCCAACAUCCGAAAAUUCCUUUCUCAAUUAUUCAAUUAUCUGGCAUUUCCUUUUAUGUUUCAGGGUGUGUGUGUGUGUGCGUGUUCGCCAGUUUUCGGUUCAUUGUUGCUUCCGUUUCCUGUGCGUGCCUUUCGGUUUUCCCACAAAAUAAACCAUACCUUUUCCGCGCCCGUUACAUCCUUCUUACCAGGAUAAUCCAGUUUAGUGGUGUGCCUUUUUGAUUUUCCCUCCCUUCCCGCGUUUGCCACGUCAGCCGAUUGCGAGGUCAAUGGGAUAAUCCCGCAAGAUGUGACUUCCCGGGACUAUGUCGGCUACCAAAAUGAGAUUCAUUGAUUUGACCGUGUAAGCCACGAUCUGAACGCCAUUUUCGGGAUGAGGUGUGUGUCCUAGCACAGGGUGACACACGCGACACACUGUGUACCUUCCUUGAUGUUCGCCAGUUUCUUUUGAGAACAUGUAGCCUGUGCAAAAGAAAAAUUUUCAACAUUGAAAACGUUCCAAAUCCAUCAGGAAAGCUAGCACCAGCCAAUCUGUCUUCGUAAGGGAAUCCAUCCCUUUGUCCUUGAACUAUGUCUUCAACUGUCCCUGAACUGUAUACGAGGCAGUUUUGAUUGUGGACGUAUUUAACGGCCAUCAAGGGCUUUUCCUGCCGGAUGACUCUUGUCGUGCUCAAUAGUCCUUCUUUGUCUAAGAGAACAUAGUCACAUCUAGAGAUCUCAUUAAAGAAGUCCUCGUAAUCAAACAGACCUUUUCAUCCCAGAAGCCUAAUCUACCAAUGGAGAUGGAGAUCCCCCACGGUGUAUAGAUGAUCUCAGUGUCCGUUGGCUUCACCGACUUGCUUAUAAUGAUCAUCUCCAUAGAGCUGUUGUAAGUUUAAGGCAAACAUUUUCUUAAAAGCUUUCGUUUGAGACAACAAUUUGGGAUAUAGGAACAAUUUUUCUUUAUUCAUCUCUACACAGCCAAUUUUUUUUGCGUGUUCUGUAUCUAACCAUCGCUGCUCUAGACUCAAAUAUUUCUCAUCCGAAAAAAGCUACUAUUGGCUAGCGUGACGUGAUAGCUUUAGCUUAACUUCUAUCAAACUAAAUUGGUUUGAAUGUUUCUUCAAGAUUUGGAUCUUGGAAGGUCAUGUCCGUACAAUGCUAUGAGCUGAUAUCAUAGUUUGAUGAUGAAGUUGCAUUGGAUAUUCACAUAUAUUAGUUUGAUGCCAAUUUUUCGCCACGAGCGUUAACGAACUUUCCGUCAGACUUACUUCCAUAUUAUCUCAAUAUUUGUUGCGUCUGUACCGAUCGUGGACGAUCUUGAUCUUUUCCGGUAUUGCAAUGCAGACUUCCCUGAUCCAGGUCCCUGUUGAUUGGUUUUCAGGAUUUUGAAUAUCAGGUUCAUUACUGUUCCUCGUUUCACACAACACUUGUACAACAACAUAAUUGCUUAUAUUUACAAUAAGAUAAUCGACAAAAAUCCGUUCAUACAACUGCGCAACUGCGUGACCACCCUGUGGCACACUUUUUUUGGCACCACCAUUUUCUAAUCCACUCAAACAUAAUCUCUUCAACUUCAUAACACCAGCCGAGUUCGUCGGCGCUUGGACAAGGGACCGGUCCAUCUUGCCUUCCUGUGCGUCCAUCCUGGCUGCGACGCAGUCGGCACAGCAGUCGGGCAGGAAAUCCGUUUCCGAUGGCAAUAGGAUUUUUGCUGUGUUUGCGCAAAAUUCAUGCGGUGACACCUUCAGGCUUCUCCAUUUCGGGGUUUUUUUUUUUUACGGGAAUCACCACGACGAAGGUUUGUUUGUUUGCAUUUUUUUGUUUCUUCUAUCCACUUCGCCUUGGCCGUUGCUGUGGGUUGCUCCUAGCAGCCCCCCAACGCUACAGGACGGCGCACAGGAAAUUGAAAAGCGAUUAUCAUCAGGAACGUCAGGACCUUGGAAAAUGGUUUAGGUUCUGUGGGUGUGUGUGUGAAUGUGUAUCUGGGUCUCCCAUUACUUACUGUGCACGUAUCGUUCGAGGUGCCAUUUCCGUCUGAAAAUUUUAAGCAGAAGCAGAAAUCGUUGAAAGAUUGAUUAAUAUUUGGUCGUUUGGGAGGGAAACACAGCUGCUUCCCCUCUUGAACCCAAUUGAAACUGGCGUUUCCGACAGUCGCGACCGCGAGGUUUAUGACUAAAAAUAGUGACAAGCUUUAUCGGACGAAUCGCCGUAACGUCAUUCGAGGCAGCGAUUUUUCGAUGGUUUCAUAAGAUUUGCCUUGGUUGGUCUGCCUGUCUGUUGCAAUUUUUUCUUAUUGCAACCAUGAUUCUUAGCUUAGUUUUUUUAUUUGCGUUUUUUCUGUUUUGCUACCCCUUAAUAGCUGUGCAACCAAAAAAGUUUCAAAAAUAAAUCGCAAAAAAAGCGCGAGAACGAUGCCCAAUAGAAUUAGACGACACUAGAAAGCACUGCAUGGGAUAUGGGAGUGGAAAGAAAAUUGAUCUGUGCCUUUUUCUGUAGGAAAGCGAAGCGAAAGUAGGAAAAUUGUGAAGCAAGGGCAAAAGUACGAGCGGCUAAUCAGAAGUAUGCAGUAACGUUUAGAUGAGGAACAAAGACGAUUUAUAACGAUUACAAUUUUCAAAACCAUUACUAGUAGUAAGUACCCUUGGCAAAAGGGAUCAGUUCGGUAAGUGUAUGGGGGAGGGGGGGGGGGGGCAAUUGUAUAUGAAAUGGUAAAAAAGAAGAAAAUUUAAUCAACAGAAUAAUAACAACACAAAACAGUGAACGUAUCAUCCUAUGAGUAAUGAAACAAAGUAAAAAAAUAAAUAACUAAAGAUGGUGGGCUCAUAAUCUGGAUAAAGUACGAAACGAAAACAAUAAACAAAUGAGUAAACAAAGAAAAAAUAUUUAAAAUAAAAUACAUGGAAUGGGAACGAGAAAAGGGGAGAUGGAAACCUUUCGUAAGUGAAGUCGGAUAGUUACAAAUAAAACUAACGUGUUUCAUCUUCAAGCUAUCAUCCAACUUUAGCAUAGGUCUAUGGAAUCGGAAUAUAUUUAAAUACAAAAUAAGUAGCCCCAAACUACGUACCGCAGAUUGAUUCCUUCGAUUGAUCGAAGGUGAUGAAUUUUAGUCUUCUGUUGCUUUCCAGGAGCUUUUCUACCUACUUUCCGUCUUUUGCAGUUUUAUUGCCUAAUGUUAGCCAACUUCCUGUCCUAUUUUUGUCUUCGUUAUUCAUAUUGAUGAUAGUUAUAUUUCAUAUUAUAUUUCAUUUUCUUAAGUAGGCCUUUCUUAGAACCUAUGUAGAAUUCUUUUCAAUCACUUUGUCAAAGUCGUCAUGCAUCCUAUAUUAUCAAACUUAUUUUUAUCUUGUGUUUUUUAUGUUACUUUGGCUUUUUAAAUAAAUUCAUCUAAUUAGUUUAUUGAACUCUUCUGCUUCCUUUAAGACACGUUUUUCUCUUUUUCUCCUCAAUUUUCUACUACAACAAAUUUUCUGUACUCACUCAAGUGAACCGAUAAUAUCAACCCUUACAGCGGCUUGUUGUGCGUUUCACAGCAUAAGCUACGUGUAAAACUGGUAACUCGAAGAAAAAAUAAUCAUCAAAAGCUUUAAGACGAAAUCGAACAAAAAACAACACACACAAAAAGCAUACAAUGAGUAAAAACAUCAACGGUCAUGAAAAAUAAGAUAAAUAAGCCAUAGCACUUUCAAGAGAUCGAUUCUUUUUAAGGGAAAAAAACAUAACAAUUAAAAGGAAAAGAUGGUGCCGUAUGGUCAACGGAACGUCGAACCUUGUCGCUACAUUUUGCCAAUCGAAACGGUAACUAACAGGAUCAAAAUACAACUCAAACAUAUAUAGAGAGAGAGCAUCCGGGACACCGUUACUACCAAAACAUUCAAACUAAUCAUUACUCAUCGAGCUUUUUAAAUGUAAUACUAAACGAAGGGCGAACGUUUACUCGCUUGAUCUAAACGUUACAACACUCUGUAGCUCAUUGGGGUUUCUAAAUAUUUGAAUUUAAAAAUAAAAAAAAUCAAACAGACAAGAACAUAAUAAAAUAAAAUUUUACAAAAGUUUUAGGUGAUUAAAUAGUUUUUAUUUGAGCAAUUUCGAUAGUUAUUCAAUGUUUCAUUCAAUGUUUUUGUUUCAAUUUUACCAAAUAAUUGUAACAAGACAAAUAAUGGUUUAUAAAUUCUAAAGAUUUCAUUCCUGAAGUGGUUAUUCUUCUUAAACGAGUGAUUAUUUCUGUUGAUUCAAAGGAACACUACUUAUCGUACAAUCCGGUUUAUUAUGGGAACUACUAACAUUACAAAACAAAAAGAAUAUAAAUCAAACCAGUAAUAAAUCUUAUACUAAAAUGUAACAACCGUAGCGUGAUUAUAAGAGAUUUACAUAAAAAAAGAAGAAAAAGGAAUUAAAAAUAAUGUACUCUUCAUGAAGCGUAACAACCAAACAAACAAAGAAACAUUAAAUUACAAACUUAUAAAAUAGUGUGUCUUUUUUAUAGAAUAACCACACAGAGAAACCCAAAAAUGGUUAAUGAAGAACACUACCUUCAAGUAGUUUCAGGCUAUUGUAGAUGGUAUAGAGAUAAUAAGACCAUUAUAGGUAAUGUAAAUAGAACAACAGACGAAAACGACGCUAAAACUAGGCAAACGAUGGGACGCCUAGGUAAACUAGACGUGGAUGGGAGUGGUGGGAAAUGCACCGAAUUUCAAUGCAAAAUAUGUAACAACAUCGAUAAAGCCCCUCAUCAGAGCAAUGGGUGGAGUGACAAGUGACUACAAUGCUUCAUAAUUUACUCAUUGGCGCAGCGUGUACGUCGAGCGAGUGCACACCGUUCGAUUCGAAACAUUAUCCAUGCGCAGUUAUAACCAGAACCUUUGUUUUAUUACGACAGUGUAAAGGGUGGUCGGAUAAAUCCUAAACCUGCUGCUACAAUAAUUGUUAAUCGGAGGAAAGCGAAGCAUGCCGUACGCACGAGAUGAUGUUGGAUUGUAUCAACCGAGCGUUCGUAAGGGAAGGAAUAUUUUGUAACUUUUGGAAAAUAACUGAAAUAAAAUAACAUAUCUGCACAA